AUGGGAGGUUCUGACCCAGCGAGCCGCAGCGCUGAGGAGACGAAGUGCCACCAUGGGGACAAGAAGCCCGUCGUCAAGAGGCACGGCGACAAGAAGCCCGACCAGACGUCCUACAAGCGAGACUCCAGCAGGAGGUUGUUCCGCGCUUCCUCAUCGGCGCAGCCUCGCCGCUAUCCGGCAGACUCCAUGACACCGCGCUCGCUGAUCGAUGUCCCUCCACCUCCAGGCGUGUACAUCAACCUUGUCGACUCCGAUGAUGACUCCGGAGGCCAUAGCGGUGUCGACUCGGGACACCACGGCGGCGGCCACUCUGGACACCAUGGCGGUGGUGACUCCAGACACCAUGGCGGCGACGACUCUAGCGACCAUGGCGGCGAUGACUCCAGCGACAACUCCGGCAACCCUGAGGGAAAUGUUGUAUCACACAAGGACAUUGAGCAAAUUUGGGGAGAAAUGGCAAAGCUCGAGGAAAAAGUGGAACAAGUACAAAAGAAGAGGAAGAAGCAUAUUAGUGCCCUGGAAGUUGGAGUUGAAGAAUUGAAAACAAAGGUGGGUGCACUUGAAGAAGCACAAGACAAGACGGACCUAGCCAAAGUAGGACAGAGGGUGUGUGCCCUGGAAAAUGCAAUAGCAAAAUUAGAAUCCAAGGUGACUGCACUUGAAAAGCCAAGGUGUGCCCUUGCCUUUGAGGUUGGAACUUCCAAACAGAAAUUGAAUGCCAUAGCUGAUGCACUUGCAAAAUUAGAAGCAAAGGUGGCUUCACUUGAACUGAUGCAUGGAAGAUGA